AUGAGGCCUAGCCUGGCUUGGCUUGUCCUGAGGCCUGGCCGGAUACCUGCCCCGAGGGCCUGGCCGGAGACCUGCCCCGAGGGCCUGGCCGGAGACCUGCCCCGAGGGCCUGGCCGGAGACCUGCCCCGAGGGCCUGGCCGGAGACCUGCCCCGAGGGCCUGGCCGGAGACCUGCCCCGAGGGCCUGGCCGGAGACCUGCCCCGAGGGCCUGGCCGGAGACCUGCCCCGAGGGCCUGGCCGGAGACCUGCCCCGAGGGCCUGGCCGGAGACCUGCCCCGAGGGCCUGGCCGGAGACCUGCCCCGAGGGCCUGGCCGGAGACCUGCCCCGAGGGCCUGGCCGGAGACCUGCCCCGAGGGCCUGGCCGGAGACCUGCCCCGAGGGCCUGGCCGGAGACCUGCCCCGAGGGCCUGGCCGGAGACCUGCCCCGAGACCUGCCCCGAGGGCCUGGCCGGAGACCUGCCCCGAGGGCCUGGCCGGAGACCUGCCCCGAGGGCCUGGCCGGAGACCUGCCCCGAGGGCCUGGCCGGAGACCUGCCCCGAGGGCCUGGCCGGAGACAUGUCUCCCGGGGCAUGA